GGGGGGGAUGGGCAGCGUAGCCCCCUGGCCUCGGUCCCGCCGGGGGGCACGGCCAGUGCGGGGAGGUGCACUUGGCCUUUGAGGACAAGUAUAAGAACAGGACCUUCCGGUGGAAAGGCAGAGUUCACCACGUCGAGCCAGGGCUCAACUUCCUGUGGUGGAGCGCCAGAGGGGCCGUCUAUGUGCGGAUGGGCCCAGGGAAGCUCGAGAACAGGUCCAGGGGAGGCAAGGACCACGCUGACCUCGUCCUGCUGUACGAGCCUGGCCUGCCGAUCAGCAAGGACGUCGACGAGCUGAAGAGAGGUUCUCCAUUGACGUUCGAGGCCACGAUGCUGGAGGCCGGCAAGCGUGGCGCGGCGCACGUCAUGGUGGUUUGGGAGGUUCACAAGGACGAGGAGUCGUCGACCGGGGAAACAGGCCUGGGCACUUCGAGGCACGCGGCCGAGCGGCCGCCGCAGGCCGUCGCCGCCGCGGAGAACCUGCCCAACGGCACGGCGUGAGCGGGAGGGUCAUGGGCGGCGGGGCGGUGUGCCGGCGGCGCUGGCGUCGCACCGUGUCGCUUGGUGCCUGGGCCGCCGUGGAGAA